AUGGCAGGGCCGGUAGGUAAAUAUUCAUCAGCGAUGAAUCAGACCUCUUCUGCACUGGUGCGGCAGCACCGGGUCGAGAUGUGGGGCUACGCUGCUCACCGUCCUUCUGCAUACAAACAAAAACACUCCGUUACCGUUUGCGUCUGCUACAUUACGUUCCCAGACGAAACAGGGAAGCCCGAUGCCAGCGAGCCUGCCAGAAGCUUUUUUACCAAGAUACUCCAUCAAAGCGCGUUCAGUGGUGCAGAGGAAGAGAAGAUCAAGCAGGCAGUGGGGACAUUUUGCAGUAACCAGCCUUUUGCUCUGGAGAUCAUCAAGACCAAGCAGAAGAAAGAUUCGAGGUUUAUCUCAUUCAUUCAGGAGGCAGAAAGUAACAGACUGUGCCGCAGACUGCAGCUUAAGGACAUCAUUCCUGUAGAGAUGCUCCGUCUUACAAAAUACCCCCUGCUUCUAGACAACAUCGUCAAGUACACAGAAGACUAUCAAAGAAGAUUGGACCUCUCGUCUCUGAAGCAGACAGACAACCCCAUGAUCCUCGAGCUAAAGAACCUGGAUCUAACCAAGAAGACGAUGUUGCAUGAGGGUCCCCUGUCGUGGAAGGUGAACAAGGACAAGACUAUUGAGUUGUACACGCUCCUCCUGGAGGACAUUCUGGUUCUGCUGCAGAAACAGGACGAGCGUCUGAUCCUGAAGUGUCACAGCAAAAACCUGUCGGGCACCGCAGACACCAAACACAUCUUCAGCCCCAUCAUCAAACUCAGCACUGUGCUAGUGCGUUCUGUGGCUACAGACAACAGAUCGUUUUUCGUCCUCUCCAUGUCAGACAAUGGUGCCCAGAUCUAUGAGCUAAUGGCACCCACAGUUUCUGAUCAGAAAACGUGGCAGGCUCUGAUUUCCCAGAGAGCAGACGUCAUUAAAGUCAAGCCCCACAGCGUCAUACCUUUACCUCAAACUGAUGGGGAGAGGGAUGGUGUGGAGAUCAUAACGGCAGGGGUUUCCAGGUUGAGUAGAGACCCAGACCGCACAUCCACCGGCAGCACUCAGUCCACAGACAAAGAGAGCAGUUCAGCCUCCAGAGGAGCUCUGCAGAGUUCCCUACCCAGUAGCAACCCAUUCGAGGAGGUGAAGGCAGAUGAGGAAGAGGAAGAGGGAUUUGUUGGCCCAGAGCUAGCUUAUCAAGUAGCGGAGAACAGCAGAGGAGACUCGUUUGAUGUGUUUCCCUCCAGGGCAGACGAAGCUCUGAAAACAUGUAAGUACGCUGAAACAUAA